AUGGCAAGGGAGCCGUCAACUUUCACCCACCCCAGUAUGGAUAUUCAAAUAAUGACUGCGGAAAAUGUGCCAGUACAAACCGAUAAUUUAGUAAUGACUUCUAUAUCACAAAGUGAACUAGCGAUAUCAAGUAAUUCGUUCAACGAUCCACCUCCAUCUUUUGCUGAGUCUCAAAGGCAGAAAUAUCUUGAACAAAAUUUUACCCGAGUUCACCACGUUCAAAUUCCUGAUAAUAGAAUAAUGUUAAAAUCUACUUCAACUCCGUCUCGAACUCCAAACCUAAGUAAUGCUUGGGAAUUUGCUGGAUGGGGUUCAACUUAUUAUAUCGAUCUUCCACUAAAUUCAUCCGAGUCUUCAGAAUCAAACCGUGUUUUACUCGGUCAAUGGCGUGCCACUAGUAUAUCCGGAAAUGAUCUUGUUGCAUCAGUUUUUUAUACUAUCGGGUUAUGUACAACUGUGGCUGGAAAAUUCGCUCCCAUAUCAUUGUUAAUAAUUUCGAUCAUCCUUUAUCCAUUCAAGAAUAUUAUAAGUGAAGUUGGUACUACCUUACCUUUAAAUGGUGGCGCUUACAACUGUCUAUUAAACACUUCUCCAAAAUGGUUUGCUGCCGUUGCGGCCGCUUUAAGUUUAUUAGAUUAUGUUGCAACAGCUGUUGUUAGUGCUGCAGCUGCUGUAUCUAAUGUCUCUGGAUCAUUAAAUUUGUCCGAUUCUGUCAUAUUUUGGCUUACUAUCGGUGUGAUUUUGCUAUUUGCUGGCAUUGUGGCUUCAGGGCUUAAAGAAUCUUCCAAUGUCGCUUUUAUAAUAUUUAUUUUUCAUUGUUUGACAUUGACUCUAUUGAUGAUUACAUGUCUGAUCCAAUGGAUUAUCCAAGGAAAUAGUAUACUGAUCGAAAAUUGGAAAGAUCCUGGCUCUGGAAAUCCAUUACUUGACAUUUUUAAUGGUGUAUGUAUAGGACUUUUAGGAAUCACUGGUUUUGAAACGUCUUCUAACUAUAUAGAAGAUCAAAAACCUGGUGUCUUUCCAAAGACUAUGCGAAAUAUGUGGGUGUUGGCUCUUGUAUUCAAUGCUCCCAUUUCAUUUUUUGCAACUUCAUUAAUGCCCUUAUCAACUUUCAAAGAGCAUCAAAAUGACAUUAUUGCUACUUUGGGUGGCUAUGCUGCCGGAAAUUGGUUGAAAAUUUUCAUUAUCGUUGAUGCAGUUAUUGUAUUAGGUGCUGGCGUAUUGACCGGGUUUGUUGGUGUCACAGGAUUGAUUUAUAGGAUGGCUUCCGAUAAUAUAUUACCUCAAUUCUUGCUAAGCAAAAAUCGGUUUACCGGGACUCAUCAUUGGAUCAUCUUAAGCUUUUUUAUCUUUUGUAUAACUUUAUUCACGAUAGUUAACGGUAAUAUAACAUCAUUAUCUGGUGUGUUUGCUGUAGCAUUUCUCAGUGACCUAUGCAUGUAUGCAAUUGGGAACAUUUUUCUCAAGUAUAAACGUGGGAGAUUAUAUCGACCAAUUCGUGUAUCUACUGGAACUGCACUUUUUGGUCUUGCAUGUAUCUUGUCUGGGCUAGUAGGAAAUAUAAUUUAUAACCCAUCCAUAGCUGAAUACUUUGCAAUUUACUUUGAUGAUGUGAUUAUAAAAUUAAUCAAAAGGUUGAAGAAACAACCUGUUGUAUUUUUUACCAAAACUGACGAACUUCAUGUUCUUAAUAAAGCCAUUUUAUAUGUUAAAAGUUCGGAACCUAGUGGAUAUUUGAAAUUGAUUCAUAUUUAUGAAAAGAUCGAAGAUGUAAGUAUGGCAAUUGAGAACAUACCUUCACGACUUGAGGCAAACCAUCGUGUCCUUGAUGAGUUAUAUCCAAAGAUACAAAUUGAUUUGAUUUUCAUUCAAGGAGUGUUUAAUCCUAAAACUGUGGAUUGUAUUUCAAAGCAUUUCCAAAUUUCGAAGUCUCUUAUGUUUAUUGCAUGCCCUGGUAGAGACUUUCUUUAUAAGAUUGGCGAAUUUGGUGGAGUGAGGACUAUAAUGUUGUAA